AAUAGCUGAUGAGCCACUAACAGAAAUGCCUUAUUAAAUUGGGCUCUACUGCUGGAGGGGUCGUUGGAGUGCUUCAGGGUUUCCAGGGAAGGCACCACCACCAAAACAACGAAAAGAAAAGCUAGCUGGAACCAGAGCCAACAGAAUUGCUGAUGAGGAAAGUUUAAAGGCCUAGACACAAGGGCCCCUGGACUGGAGAGGUGGCAGUAGGGCUGGUGAUGUCACUAUGCUGAGCAACAAGAAGAAAUACAUUGUCAAUGGCAACUCUGGGAUUAAAGCCCAGAUCCAAUUUGCUGACCAGAAGCAAGAAUUCAACAAACGUCCCACCAAAAUUGGACGUCGCUCUCUGUCUCGCUCCAUUUCUCAGUCAUCUACUGACAGCUAUAGCUCAGCUGCUUCAUAUACAGAUAGCUCUGAUGAUGAGACAUCUCCCAGGGACAAGCAGCAAAAGAACUCUAAGGGAAGCAGUGACUUCUGUGUCAAGAACAUCAAACAGGCGGAGUUUGGACGAAGAGAAAUUGAAAUUGCUGAACAAGAAAUGCCGGCACUGAUGGCUUUAAGGAAGAGAGCUCAAGGAGAGAAACCUUUGGCCGGAGCCAAAAUUGUGGGUUGCACACACAUCACUGCUCAGACUGCUGUGCUUAUGGAAACUCUGGGUGCUCUGGGGGCACAGUGCCGAUGGGCUGCCUGCAAUAUCUAUUCCACUCUCAAUGAAGUGGCUGCUGCUCUAGCAGAAAAUGGAUUUCCUGUGUUUGCCUGGAAAGGAGAGUCAGAAGAUGACUUCUGGUGGUGCAUUGAUAGAUGUGUGAAUGUGGAGGGCUGGCAGCCAAACAUGAUCUUGGAUGAUGGAGGGGAUCUUACUCACUGGAUUUAUAAGAAGUAUCCCAACAUGUUUAAGAAAAUCAAGGGCAUAGUGGAAGAGAGUGUUACUGGAGUCCACAGGCUGUACCAGCUAUCCAAAGCUGGGAAGCUAUGUGUUCCAGCCAUGAAUGUCAAUGACUCAGUCACCAAACAGAAAUUUGACAACCUCUACUGUUGCCGUGAAUCAAUUCUGGAUGGACUUAAAAGAACAACAGACAUGAUGUUUGGUGGGAAGCAGGUGGUAGUCUGUGGCUAUGGAGAGGUGGGGAAGGGGUGCUGUGCUGCCUUAAAAGCUAUGGGCUCCAUUGUGUAUGUAACUGAGAUUGACCCCAUCUGUGCUCUUCAAGCCUGUAUGGAUGGAUUUCGACUGGUGAAAUUAAAUGAGGUCAUCCGACAAGUGGAUAUUGUUAUUACCUGUACAGGUAACAAGAAUGUGGUAACCAGAGAGCACUUAGACCGUAUGAAGAAUAGCUGUAUCGUUUGUAACAUGGGACAUUCCAACACGGAGAUUGACGUGGCGAGUCUUCGGACACCAGAACUGACCUGGGAGCGAGUGAGAUCCCAAGUUGACCAUGUAAUAUGGCCUGAUGGCAAGAGGAUAGUGUUGCUGGCAGAGGGCCGUCUGCUAAACCUAAGCUGCUCCACAGUGCCUACAUUUGUGCUCUCGAUCACCGCAACUACUCAGGCUCUUGCCUUGAUAGAACUCUACAAUGCUCCUGAGGGUCGCUAUAAGCAGGAUGUCUACCUGUUGCCCAAGAAAAUGGAUGAGUAUGUGGCCAGCCUACACCUGCCCACCUUUGAUGCCCACCUGACCGAGCUGACAGAUGAACAGGCCAAGUAUCUGGGGCUCAACAAGAAUGGGCCCUUCAAGCCUAAUUACUACAGGUAUUAAGUUCCUGUAACUCAAGCCAGAAGAAGUUUUAAGGAAUAGAACUCCAAGUCUUUUCUCCACUCCUAUACAGGAAAGAACCCAGCAAGCUGCUUCUCCGAUCAGCUGCCUGCCGUGCUCACCCUAUAUGUUAGGUUAUUUAUUUAUUAACCUAAAUAAUAAAUGUCGCCUUGGCCCAGAGUGUGGUGGCUGUCCUGAGGGCUGUGAGAGCCUCAGAGGACAGGCUGAGGAAGGAAAGAAAUGGGGUUCCCAGUGGAUCUUUUGAGUCAUUCCCCAUUGACU